GCACAGCCUCUCCUACCGCUUUCAGUGAAACUUGCGAAUGCAUUCUUCGGAAGCCUACUGCGCCAAGUUGCAUUCAGCCGCUGAGGAGACGGCAUUUGUCUCGGCCAUCCCAGGUGCCAUUUCCCCGCAGGCACAUAGUUGCCUGCCAGAUCCUAGCACACCGGGAUUCGAUCACGGCAACCACGAUCGACACGGGAUGUGGAGCAAGUUGGCUGAUCAUCAGCGUUUACAUUUGCACCCUGGCACCAGGUAUUUAAUCGGGCUUCAGACCAGCGUAGGUAUAACCCUGUCGUCGAGAUGUCCUCUCUCUACACCUUCUUCACGGCACUGGUAUGUCUCUCGGCCUGUGCCACAUCGGUCCUCGCAUCGCCCAAGAUCCCUGCAGCUCCGGGCUUGACAUACCUUUACUCGCUCAACUGCACGUUGGGCCCGUCCAUCCAGGUCGGCGGCGGUCCGCACGGCACUCGUGUCGUGAUUCCCAUCAUUGGCGGAACUUUUUCAGGGCCACGACUGUCCGGCAAGGUGCUCAACCUGGGGGCUGACUGGGGCUUGGUCGACAAGAACGGAACUUUCUCGGCCGACACUCGGUACCAGCUGCAGACCGACGAUGGCGCGCAUAUCUUUAUCCGCACCUCUGGGCCGGCGCAGCCAGACGGGCACUUGCACCUGCGCAUGGUUUUCGAGACGGGUAGCGACAAAUACUACUGUCUCAACAACAUUGUCGCUGUUGGUAUCCUGACGUCGAAAACGGGCUAUGUCCUGAUCGACGGCUGGCAGCUGGAAAGCCCAAAGAAGUAAGGGCAGGUCGUCAGGUCAAGUCAAAUAAGUAUCUGGCAGUUCCAGAAAGUCCAGUGUCAGAGCCACAUGCUACAUGUGAUUGAUAGAAUAGCCGUCAUACUCACAGAUAUCAUGAUAUGCAUGACCACAACGGGCAGACCACAUCGAAGUCGGGUUCACUAGGCUACUGGGUCGUCGAGGCUCAUGCCAGAUGCUAUCAUAUUUCAUAAAACGGGCGGAUGCACUUGUACAUUAGUCCAACCUAGGGACCUUGUACUACCAUAUUGAUCACGCAUUUGGUCCACUACCCCGAGAAUUCGCU